AUGGCCAGUGAUAACCUGUACCACGUCCUGUUUUCGGUUUCCCACAACCCCAAAGAUGUGAACGAGGAAGUGGAAAAGCUACGAGUGUGCGGCACAUUCGAAAACCUGAAAGCCGCCAAAGCACAAGCACACAAGACGUUGUUCGAAGCAGGAUACGAGCGAGAAUGGUUCACCGAAUACGAUACUAAAAGCGAAGAGUUUCUCGAGCACGGCAUCAAGAGAAGAACAGGUCUCUGUGUACAUGCAGUGGCUCCAGAUCAGACCAUUUUCCGCAUCAGCGUGGCAACGACGCCCAACGUCCAAGGCUUCACGGCGCUUGGGGAAGAUCACAAGAUUCAUUUCGACCUGUACCAUGUAGUCCAGACAAACGUCGAGUACUCGGAGGACGACAGUGGACAGGCCAGAGACACCAAUGUCGAGGGCUCAUUCAAGACCUACGAAGAGGCCAGGAAGUUUGCGAGUCAAGUUCUCCUUUCGCCUGAGGACGGGGUGACGAAAGAGUCAUUCGAGCAGUACGACGAAGCUGCGCCAGCCGAGAAAGACUGUGGUUUCGGUGAGAAUGUCAUUGUUCACGCUGUAGGGAAGAAUGGCGAGAAUAUCUUGGUCAGUGUAUUGAAAGGACAGGAGAUGGAGUCGGUGAGGCUGGCGGAAGCAGCCAUGAGAAUUCGAUCGUUCAAUUAG